UGAGAAAUAAUGCCGAGCAGAUAUCACAUUAUUUGAGUUGAUCGAUACUUGUGAAAACCGAAAUUUCCAUUAUAAUAAUCGAGCUCCAAGUAGUCGUGAGUAAAAGGGACUAGUUUUCUGCCGCGACGAGUGGACGCCGUAUGGCCACAGUUGGUUGCGCGCCGGUCGUGUGAGUGAGGAGACGUACCGAGUGAAUCUUUUAAGUGGUUUUUCGUGUAUUUUGUGCAGUUUUUAUGCAAGUUUGGAAGUGAAACAUUGUUUGGGAGUAUUUUUUUGACAGGGAGUGCCCUUCACAAGGGUAAGGAAGUAGUGAGCUGUUGGUCCGGCUGCCAAUAUGACGACCGACAUCUCGGUGGUGCGCGGGGGUUGGGACCCGACGCUUCAACAGGAGAUUGUCGACGAGUAUGAAUACGAUGGAGGAAACUCUAGUUCGAGGCUCUUUGAACGAUCUCGUAUUAAGGCAUUAGCAGGUGAACGUGAGUCAGUGCAGAAAAAAACAUUUCAAAAAUGGGUAAAUUCUCACCUGGUUCGCUGUUCUUGUCGGAUUGGAGAUCUUUAUGUAGAUCUUCGCGAUGGCAAGAUGCUUAUAAAACUGCUAGAGAUAUUGUCCGGCGAACGUUUACCACGACCAACUAAGGGGAAAAUGCGUAUCCAUUGUCUAGAAAACGUUGACAAAGCGUUGCAAUUUCUGAGAGAGCAAAGAGUCCAUCUUGAAAACAUGGGUUCACAUGAUAUUGUGGAUGGCAAUCCAAGAUUGAGCUUGGGAUUGAUUUGGACAAUCAUCUUACGCUUCCAAAUUCAAGAUAUUACCAUUGAAGAAACUGACAAUCAAGAAACUAAAUCAGCUAAAGAUGCACUUCUCCUGUGGUGUCAAAUGAAGACUGCUGGGUACCAUAAUGUGAAUGUCAGGAAUUUCACAACAUCUUGGCGAGAUGGUCUAGCGUUUAAUGCUAUAAUACAUAAGCAUCGUCCAGAUUUGAUUCAGUUUGACAAGCUGUCGAAAUCAAACGCAAUAUACAAUUUGAACAACUCGUUCAAUGUUGCUGAAGAUAAACUAGGUCUCACAAAAUUGUUGGAUGCCGAAGACAUUUUUGUUGAUCAUCCGGAUGAAAAAUCUAUCAUCACUUAUGUUGUAACUUACUACCAUUACUUCUCAAAAAUGAAGCAAGAAACUGUACAAGGUAAAAGAAUUGGUAAAGUAGUAGGAAUUGCUAUGGAGAACGACAGAAUGAUUCACGAAUACGAGAGUUUGACCAGUGAUCUUCUCAGGUGGAUUGAAGCCACUAUUGAAGCUUUGGGUGAUCGUCAUUUCGCUAAUUCACUUGUUGGCGUUCAGUCUCAACUUUCGCAAUUUUCCAAUUAUCGUACAGUAGAAAAACCACCCAAGUUUGUAGAAAAAGGUAAUUUGGAAGUUUUAUUGUUUACACUGCAAUCAAAAAUGCGGGCAAAUAACCAGAAGCCCUACACACCCAAAGAAGGAAAAAUGAUUUCUGAUAUCAACAAGGCCUGGGAGAGAUUAGAGAAAGCCGAACACGAGCGUGAAUUAGCUCUCAGAGAAGAAUUAAUACGUCAAGAGAAAUUAGAGCAAUUGGCUGCAAGAUUCAACCGUAAAGCAAGCAUGAGGGAAACAUGGCUAUCUGAAAAUCAAAGAUUAGUAUCUCAAGAUAACUUUGGUUUCGAUCUAGCAGCCGUGGAAGCUGCAGCUAAAAAACACGAGGCCAUAGAAACCGACAUCUUUGCUUACGAGGAACGUGUGCAGGCAGUUAUGGCAGUAUCUCAAGAACUAGAAGCCGAAAACUACCAUGACAUAGAUAGAAUUAAUGCACGAAAGGACAAUGUUCUCAGGCUAUGGAACUACCUCCUGGAGUUAUUGAAAGCUCGAAGACUACGGUUGGAGCUUUCUCUUCAAUUACAACAAAACUUCCAAGAAAUGUUAUAUAUCUUAGACAGUAUGGAAGAAAUCAAGAUGCGAUUGUUGACGGAUGAUUAUGGUAAACAUCUAAUGGGAGUUGAAGAUCUUCUGCAGAAGCAUUCACUUGUCGAAGCAGAUAUCAAUGUUCUGGGUGAAAGAGUCAAGGCUGUUGUUCAACAAAGUCAAAGAUUCUUAGAGCAAGGUGAGGGUUACCGUCCUUGCGAUCCAACAAUUAUCAUUGAACGUGUCCAGCAACUUGAAGAUGCUUACGCAGAAUUGGUUCGUCUAGCUGUCGAACGCCGUGCUAGAUUGGAAGAAUCUCGUAAUCUGUGGCAAUUCUAUUGGGACAUGGCCGAUGAAGAGAACUGGAUAAAGGAAAAAGAACAGAUUGUUUCUACGGGUGAUAUUGGUCACGACUUAACUACCAUCAAUUUACUUCUAUCGAAACACAAAGCUUUGGAAAAUGAGAUUCAAUCUCACGAGCCACAGUUGAUGUCAGUCGCUGCAGUUGGUGAUGAGUUGAUUCGUCAACAUCACUUUGGUUCUGAUCGUAUCAAAGAGAGAUUACAAGAAAUAUUAGGAAUGUGGAAUCAUUUAUUAGAUCUGGCAGCAUUCAGACGUAAACGGCUAGAAGAAGCCGUUGAUUACCAUCAAUUAUUUGCUGAUGCUGACGAUAUUGAUAUUUGGAUGUUGGACACUCUCAGACUAGUUUCAUCAGAGGAUGUUGGUCGAGACGAAGCAAACGUUCAAUCAUUGUUGAAAAAACAUAAAGACGUCACAGACGAACUUAAGAAUUAUGCAACGACUAUUGAGCAGCUCCAUCAACAAGCUUCACAACUUGGCGAACAUGAUUCUAAAUCUCCAGAAGUAUUGGAGAGACUUGCUUCGAUCGAUUCCAGAUACAAAGAACUUCUGGAAUUGGCCAAGUUACGUAAACAGCGACUAUUAGAUGCUCUGUCGUUGUAUAAAUUGUUCAGUGAAUCAGACGGAGUCGAGCAAUGGAUCGGCGAAAAGAAUAGAAUGCUGGAAACCAUGGUUCCUGCUAAAGAUAUCGAAGAUGUAGAAAUUAUGAAACAUCGUUAUGACGGCUUCGACAAAGAAAUGAAUGCUAAUGCUUCCAGAGUCGCUGUUGUCAAUCAGUUGGCUAGACAACUGUUACAUGUGGAACAUCCUAAUUCUGAACAGAUUGUUGCUCGUCAGAAUGAACUCAAUCAGAAAUGGGCUGAGCUGAGAGAGAAGGCCGAAGGGAAACGAGACGCUCUUAAUUCCGCUCAUGGAGUACAAACCUUCCAUAUUGAGUGUCGUGAGACUGUAUCUUGGAUUGAAGACAAGAAACGCAUUCUACAACAAACAGAUAGCUUGGAAAUGGACUUGACUGGUGUCAUGACAUUGCAGAGACGUCUUAGCGGUAUGGAACGGGACUUGGCAGCUAUCCAAGCAAAGUUAGAUGCGCUUGAAAAAGAAGCUCAAUCAAUUGAACAAGAACAUCCCGAAGAGGCAGCUGUUAUCCGUGAAAGAAUUACCCAGAUACACACGAUUUGGGAACAACUUACUCAGAUGCUCAAAGAGCGUGAUGCUAAACUCGAAGAAGCUGGCGAUUUACAUAGAUUCUUACGUGAUCUUGAUCACUUCCAGACUUGGUUGACAAAGACUCAAACUGACGUUGCUAGUGAAGAUACGCCUACAAGCUUGGCAGAUGCUGAGAAAUUGUUAACCCAGCAUCAGAAUAUCAAGGAAGAAAUUGACAAUUACACUGACGAUUAUCAAAAGAUGAUGGAAUAUGGAGAGAGGCUCACAAGCGAGGCUGGGGAUGGUGAUACGCAGUAUAUGUUCUUGAGAGAAAGGUUGAAUGCACUGAAAAUGGGUUGGGAAGAACUUCACCAGAUGUGGGCAAAUCGUCAAAACUUGUUGUCGAACUCGUUGAAUCUACAAGUGUUUGACCGUGAUGCUCGCCAAGCUGAAGUUUUGUUGUCUCAGCAAGAGCACAUUCUUACCAAAGAUGAAACUCCUACAAACUUCGAACAGGCAGAAAACAUGAUAAAACGCCACGAAGCCUUCAUGACUACAAUGGAAGCUAAUGAUGAUAAAAUCAAUUCAGUUACUCAAUUCGCUGGCAGAUUAGUAGAAGAAGGCCACUUUGCAGCCGACAAAGUUAAAAAGAAGGCAGAUGCAAUAAACGAACGCAGAAAUGCUAAUCGUGAAAGAGCUAAUCAAGUAAUGGACAGAUUAAAGGAUCAACUUCAAUUGCAAAUGUUCCUGCAAGAUCGUGAGGAGCUUGUUGAGUGGGUACAGGAAAAACACAUCACGGCACAGGAUGAAACAUAUCGCAGUGCAAAAACUGUUCACAGUAAAUGGACCAGGCAUCAAGCGUUUGAGGCAGAAAUCGCGAGUAACAAAGAUCGUCUGCAGCAUCUGCAACAAGCUGCUGAUGAGCUGAUUCAGUUGAAGCCUGAAUUAGCAGAAAUCAUCAAACCUAAAGUCACGGAAUUAUGUGACCAAUUUGAGGAGCUAGAAACGACAACAAAGGAUAAAGGGGAAAGAUUGUUUGACGCUAACCGUGAAGUCCUUAUACACCAGACGUGUGACGACAUCGAUUCAUGGAUGAAUGAAUUAGAAAAGCAAAUUGAAAGUACUGAUACUGGUUGUGAUUUGGCAUCUGUUAAUAUUCUGAUGCAGAAACAACAGAUGAUUGAAACGCAAAUGGCUGUGAAGGCUCGCCAGGUUACGGAGCUGGACAAACAAGCUGAACACCUACAGAGAACUGUUCCAGAUGAGAAAAUGGAAGAAAUCAAAUUUAAAAAAGAGAAGGUUGCGCAGAGAUUUGCUCAACUUAAGGCUCCACUCAACGAUCGUCAACGGCAUUUGGAAAAGAAGAAGGAGGCAUACCAAUUCAGACGUGAUGUCGAGGACGAAAAAUUGUGGAUUGCUGAGAAAAUGCCACAAGCCACCAGUUCGGAGUAUGGUAAUUCCCUCUUCAACGUUCAUAUGUUAAAGAAAAAGAAUCAAUCUCUUCGUACUGAAAUCGAAAACCACGAGCCAAGAAUUAAUUCUGUAUGUAACAAUGGUCAGAAACUGAUAGACGAAGGGCAUGAAGAUAGCGCGGAAUUCAUCCAGCGUAUCUCUGACCUUUCUGACAAAUGGCGUGAAUUGAAAGAUGCCGUUGAUGAAAGGAACAGGCAUUUGUUACAAAACGAAAAGGCACAGCAAUAUUUCUUCGAUGCAACUGAAGCUGAAUCAUGGAUGAGCGAACAAGAGUUGUAUAUGAUGGUAGAGGAUCGUGGAAAAGAUGAGAUUUCUGCACAAAACCUAAUGAAGAAACAUGAAUCUUUGGAACAUGCUGUUGAAGAUUAUGCUGAUGCAAUUCGUCAACUGGGUGAAACAGCUAGGCAAUUAAUAAACGACCAGCAUGCGUUGAGUGAUCAGAUUGCUGUCAAACAGUCUCAGGUUGACAAAUUAUAUGCUGGACUCAAAGAUCUGGCUGGGGAACGUCGUGCUAAACUAGAUGAAGCACUUCAGUUGUUUAUGCUUAAUCGUGAAGUUGAUGAUUUGGAGCAAUGGAUAGCUGAGCGAGAAUUAGUUGCUGGUAGUCAUGAGUUAGGCCAAGAUUACGAUCAUGUCACUCUACUCUGGGAAAGAUUCAAGGAAUUUGCACGUGAUACAGAGACAAUAGGUUCAGAAAGGGUAGCUGCUGUAAAUGGAAUUGCAGAUUCUCUGAUCGCAACUGGACAUUCAGAUGCAGCUACAAUUGCCGAAUGGAAAGAUGGCCUGAAUGAAGUUUGGCAAGAUUUAUUGGAAUUAAUUGAAACGCGAACUCAAAUGUUGGCAGCUAGCCGAGAGCUCCACAAAUUCUUCCACGACUGCAAAGAUGUACUAGGAAGGAUUUUGGAAAAACAAAAUGCUAUGUCCGACGAAUUGGGACGUGAUGCUGGCUCUGUUUCAGCGCUCCAACGAAAACACGGCAACUUUAUUCAAGAUUUGUCCACCUUACAAUCACAGGUAGCACAAAUUCAAGAUGAAUCCUCUAAGCUUCAGGCUAGCUACGCUGGUGACAAGGCUAGAGAAAUUACAAACCGAGAGGCUGAAGUAGUCGCAGCUUGGAAUAACUUGCAGUCUUUGUGCGACGGCCGCAAAGCGAAAUUGGAAGAUACAGGUGACUUGUUCAAGUUCUUCAACAUGGUCAGAACUUUAAUGAUCUGGAUGGACGAUGUAGUUAGACAAAUGAAUACACCAGAGAAACCUCGCGAUGUAUCUGGUGUAGAAUUACUAAUGAAUAAUCAUCAAAGUUUGAAAGCUGAAAUCGAUACACGAGAAGACAACCUCACAGCUUGCCUUGAUCUUGGAAAAGAUCUAUUGGCAAGAAAUCAUUACGCCAGUGUACAAAUUAAAGAAAAACUGCUAGCAUUAACGAAUCACAGAAAUGCUCUGUUACAUCGUUGGGAGGAAAGAUGGGAAAAUCUACAACUAAUUCUUGAAGUGUACCAGUUUGCACGUGAUGCUGCCGUCGCAGAAGCCUGGCUGAUUGCACAGGAACCAUAUCUCAUGAGUCAGGAGCUCGGACAUACGAUUGAUGAUGUUGAAAAUUUGAUCAAGAAACACGAGGCAUUUGAAAAAUCAGCAGCUGCACAAGAAGAAAGAUUUAGUGCCCUACAGCGACUCACAACGUCUGAGCAGCUUCUUGGUAGAGAGUUUGGCCUGGAUGUACCGGUGUUGGAAUUCAAACACGAAUUAAUCUUCAUUCCAGAAUAUCCGCCCUCAUCUCAAUUCCUAUUAACGAAACCGAAAAAACACAUUCGUUCCCAAAGUCAGAUUGUGCGAGAAAUAAUUUUAGACUCUGAUAAAUUUUACAAACCAGCUAGAAGAUACAGACGUGAAAAAACGUCUACGGGAACUACAAUCAUUUAUCCAGGAACUUCAUCAUAUCCCAAUAAAAAAAAAUAUGUACGAUCUAAGUCUUUCCUAUGGGAUAGUGAAUGGAACUCGAGUUCUAAAGGUUCUCAAGGAUCAACUGGUAGUCAACCCGUAUCACCUUGUGUAGACCUAGAUGAUAUUCCGGUAUUUGAGGAUGAUAUUUCUACUAGUUUUGAAAAAAAAACUUCAGGAAGACUAGAUACACUAAGCAAUCAUAGAACAGAACAGCCUCUUGUAGAGAACAAUCAAUUUGUAAAAUGCGUCAAUCAUGAUCCUAUAUACCAAAAUACUUUCAAAGGAAAGCAGCAUUUGUUAUCUGAGUUAGAUUAUGUGGAACUCCUCCCUUCUUCUAGUGUGCGUAUAUCAGAGUCUCAAUCGGACGACGAAAACGCCGAUGAUAUUUCGACCCAUAGUCCACCUCCAUUAUUUAAAAAGGAUAAAAAGUCUAGUUCCAUUACUGAGGAAAAUCAUCCUAUAUUAACCCAAAAUCUCUUACCAAACACAUCAAAUCACGAAUAUGUAAAUAUCGUGCUCAAAUCAAGAUCCGCGGAAUUGAUGACACCUCAACAAACAAAUCAUUUUUCCGAAAAACCCAUUAGAGAAAAAUGUCUGGAAAUUCCGAGUCCAAUUGGGAGUGAUGAAGAAUCAUUGACUGGUGAUAGGCAAAGUCUGGAUCUCGAAAGUUCAAUUUCCAAUAUUAGAAAAUUACACCUACAAAUUGACGCGUUAACAGAAGACUUGAUAAACACUUCUCCACAGAAAAAACGGGUUGAUCCUAAUGACGCGUUUCUCUUAGCCGAGCGCUGUACUUAUGAGGAAGAGCACAGUAAUCAAAAGUUUAAUCAUUUAAUGCAAGUUAGAUUAGAUUACGAUUUUCCUUCAUCUUUGAGAUCAUCUAAAUCAUUACCUCAGUCCAUGCAAGAAAUAGCUGAUGAAAGUUACAGUAAGCGGAAACGUAGCCGAUCAAGUUUAGGUCCAAAAGACAAGUUCCAAAAGACUUCUAACUUGAAUACAGACAGUCCUAAUCCAUUACCUAUCUUGAGCACGUCUGAAACAUAUCCAUCUCAAGGUCCAUCCCUAUCUGCGGACAAUUUAACUGUGGCAAAAAAUAGUUCUGAAUUUGAGCUGAAAGAACUUAAACGACGAGAACAAGAACGAGAGGAAGAAGAAAGGCGUAAACAAGAAGAAGCUGCAGCAGCAGAAGCUGCCAAGUUAGCCAAGGCGACACCGGUUACGAGCCCAGAUGAGCCACCCAGUGACAGGGUUGAUGGUGAAGGAAUCCAAACCGGUGAACAUGCAGCUGGUGAAGAGGACAGUCAUGUGGCACUUCGCAAGGCUUCGACUAGAUCGCCACAAACCCAAGAAAAGCCCAAAGAAGUGCAUGUUCAGAAACCUGCACGAAUGUCAACACCGGAAGUGGGAACACCGCCGAUCACCCCAACUUCGCCAAAGUAUCUGUCAUCAUAUCCAUCGACUCCGACAACUCCAAAAGGCGGCAGUGGUUCUGAGUCUGGCACUUUACGACGCAAGGAACGAAGCCGUAGUAAAUCACCAUUCAGGAGUUUUCGCUGGAAAAAAUCAACUAAAUCACCCAGUCUGGAUCGGAGUGGUGUAAGCGAUGAUGACCACAGUUAUACUGAACAACGAAGUCCUGGCGAUGACGAGUUUGAGGGAACAUUGAUAAGAAAGCACGAAUGGGAAAGUACUACAAAAAAAGCGUCGAAUCGAUCAUGGGACAAACUAUACAUGGUUGUUCGUGGACAAAAUUUAGUAGCUUACAAAGACCAGAAAUCUUACAAAGCUGCAGCUGAUCAGCCAUAUAAGGGAGAGCCAUCUCUAGACCUCAGAGGGGCCAGCGUACAGGUCGCUAGUGAAUAUACAAAGAAGAAACAUGUCUUCCGAGUCAAGUCCCAAAGUGGAGCAGACUUCCUUUUCCAGGCUAAGGAUGAUGCAGAAAUGUUGGAAUGGGUAUCGGUAUUGAAUCAAGCUGCGCAAGGUGCAUCCGGCGCCAGUACAUCUAGAGCACAAACUCUGCCAGCACCAACGCAAGCUGAAACUAAGCGGCGUAGUUUCUUCACACUCAAGAAAAACUAAAUUGGAGCAGUGAAGCGUGCUAAGAAGCCGCCAGAACGCGCCAACGCAACAAAUAAAAUUUGAAAAAAUAAAACGGAAAAAAAAAUUUGCCAGACAUCGCUUAGCUGAAAGUCGGCAAAGUGCUAAAGUAACACAGAUAAUUAAUUAUUUAACACGUAAAGACGUCUGUAGACAAAUUAAGAAUGAAAAUCGAUGUAAUUUUCAAAAAUCAAAUUCGCUUUAAAAGUUUAAACCAUUAGCUAUAAAGCAAUCUUUGAAAAUAGUGGCAUGAAGAUUUUUGAGAAAUUGAUGGAUAUUUUCAUUUUGUUGUUAAAUACUUCGAUUCAUCACGAUAUCACUAAACUGGUCAAGGAUAAGUAAUGUUUGGUGUCCUGAAUUAACAUGGCAAUGUAUUCCAUUGUUGCAAUUAAUCAUUCAAAAUUUUUGCUCUUAUUCAGAUUCUAUCUAGGAAUUUCUGAUUAAGAAUCAAGAGUGUUUUAUACUAGCGGUAAUUCAUAAAUUAAUUCCUUGUAAAAAGAGAUUUUAUUUUCACAGAUGAUAUUGACCUAUAUAGACAUAUUAGGAAAUCAUCAUAAAUGUUUCCCUAGAAAAAAAAACUAGCAGAAAAAACAAGGUGAUCAACGAUGUAUAUUUGAUUAAGUUAUUUCGACACGAGAAAAAAGUUCCAAUGUUGAUCAUAUUCCACUGAGAAUACUUACGACACGAAAAAUUAAAAUUUGUACGAAAUAUGCUAGAAUAAUAUUUCUCGUCCAUCCGUGGCACUGAAUAUCGUGUACAAAUUAAGUUUUAUGCUUCAUAAUGAUUGUCUCUUUUUGGUUUCGUCUGUCCAAUAAUCGUAACUGUUGCAGGUUUCUUACUAAUUAUUAUUGUAUUUUGGUUUUGACCAUGCUGAUGCAGGACACUUAACGAUAGAAUAGCUUAAUGAAAUACAUUUUAAAGUUACGUUAUAAAUACGUCUAUGAAAAAAAAGAGAAAAAAUAUCACUUUAAAAAAUUAUUAAAAACUCGUAAUAAUUAAAAUCAACUCCUACACAAUUCCCUAAUCUCAUACAUAUAGUUCAACUGAAAAGAAAGAUUUUAGGUCAUCUUAAAUUUUGUAGCCGUUUCUAAGUAGUCUUGGCCUGUGUCAUACAACCAACAAUAUACAUGCACAUAAUAAAAUGAAGAGCAGUAAAGCUCUGGGUAUAUGUAUCCAUCAUUCGAAUUAUGAGUUAUCCUUGUUUGAUACAGGUCUACAACAUGGCGUGCCGAGUGGUGGCUUUGUAUAUUUUUUAUUGUUACUUUUUCAAUAUUUUAAAUUUUCUCAUCUUACCUUUUAGAGCCUAAGAUUGGAUUCUGAGAUUAAAAAUCCACUAUGUGAACUUCAUGGACAGCUGUAGGGCGUCGAUGCCUUCUUAAUAUUGUAUGUUCUUCGUUCUUUUAUCAUAAACGUAACUCGAAUUGAAUUAAAAGAAAAUAUAUAUAUAUAUAUAAAUAUAAAUUGCAAACUAUGAUUUUUGAAAGGGCAUACUGAUAAUUCCAGCAAUCAUUUUAUUCUCUUCAUUAAAAUACGUGAAUAAACUAGCGAGCUGCGAUGUAGGGGAGAAAAAAAAUAUUAAACGAAACUAUAUUGUUUGCCCUGUGUUUUUUAUAUAUGAUAUAAUUAAAAAGAAAAUUACUAAGUUAUAAUAAAUGAAAAUGAUUGAUAAUUAUAUAUAAUAUAUAGAAUAAUUAUUAUUGUACAAGUAAUAGCCAUCUCUUUCCUAAAGAGGCCUUUUCUACUAGAUUUUUAUCUUGACUAUGUAAAUUCAAGAACAACGCCGAAGGCGAGACAUCCAGCAAAUGAUUUGAAUGAUCAAAAAUCAAUACUGAGUUUAUCGAAUGCAAAUCAAAAACUUGUUUUGAAAAGUUACAUACAUGAAAUAAAACAUUGUGCGUUGAUAAGACCGCUUUAGCGAAAGAAAAGAAAUCUUUGCAAAUAAGUUUCGCGAUUCAUAAUAUUGUUAGCCUUAUGCUAGAUGCCGCUGUUUUAAUGUAACGAAAACGAGACCUCAAUUUAGUUCGGUAAACUAUUUUUCAAACAAUUUUCGGCAUAUUAUUAAUAAUCGAACUGUGCACACUACGAUUGCAAUUACAAAAAUUACUGUUUGUUAUACUUUGCGCGUCCGGUUCAACAAAUAUAAUUGCUUCUUCGUUCCAAAAUUUGACGAUUAUUUGCUAGCGAAAGUAUACAAAAAGCAUUUUCAGUGGAAAAAUGAAUUUCUUUAACCUACGUUUACCGAAUAAAAAUAUGGCUUCGACUUAAUGACUGCUUGGGAAGGAAUAUUAUCAUUAUCAAAUAAACAAUUAUACAAUAAAUGCAAAAAUUAUUA